CUUGCAUGUGAAGGUGAUCAAUGGAGCCGCAGCCGGUGUCUUAGGCGUGGCGACUACUUUUCCUCUGGAUCUGGUGAAGACCAACCUGCAAUUGCAUCCUACCUCCUAUCAGGGUAUCCGAGACUGCUUCCGCAAAAUUUACUCCUCGGGAGGACUCGUAUCUUUCUACAGGGGAAACAGCUUCUUGGCAAUCGAAAACGUCUUCCACUGGUGUACGAGUGCAUAGCGGGCGGCGGCGCUGGACUUUGUCAAGGUGUCAUCACAACUCCGAUGGAGCUCUUGAAAAUCAGAGGUCAGGCUAGAUUGGCAGUGGCUGCAUCUUUGACCAACACGGCAGCUCCCUCAGCGAAUCUCAACUCGAAACCAAAUCAGUCUUCCUAUGCUAAUGUAAAACAGACCUCAAAUUUGUCAACUAAGGUAGAAAGUGGAGCUUCUCAGAAACCAAGCGAAUCGACCAUUUUCAAAGAGUGUGUAAAAAUAGUAAAAAAUGAGGGCUUUAGAGGCAUUUAUAAAGGUGCGGGUCCGACCUUGAUGCGAGAUAUUCCGUUUUCGAUGUGCUAUUUUCCGAUGUUUGCGCACUUGAAUCAUGCCAAUUUGAAUGCAGACGGCACCUCGAAGCCACUGUGGUCUCUGGUAUCAGGAGUGGGCGCGGGCGCCUUCUCCGCUUGGAUCGUGACACCACUUGACUAUGUGAAAACUCAAAUUCAAUCUCCGACAGCAAAAGAAGGCCUAAAGAUUCAUACACUUAUUGUAGAUACAAUAAGCAAACAGGGUCCAAGAGGACUGUUCACAGGCGCACUUCCAAGAGUCAUGGUGGUGGCCCCAUUGUUUGGAGUCGCACAAGCCACCUACUACAUUGGGUUGGGCGAGAGAAUUUUGGGACGCCAGGACUGGGACAAACCUAUCUAGGGAGGAGGGAAACCCUGCCACCUCUUUUAAAACUGACAGUCAACACUUGAUCUGUAUUGUUGUUUAGAUUUAGAAAUAACUUAGCACUGUGAGAAACACUGUCAAACAAUUGUGCCAUGAAUUGACCUCAGCCAAAAACUGACCACGAUAAAAGCUUUAAGAAAUGACCAAACUUCUUAUCCACAAUUAAAAGAAUAAAAUUUAGAAAAAUCUUGUUAUAUUUGGUAGUCGAUGUAAAUCGCAUCAAACAUUUUCCAUAUUUAUGCAUUCCACGUUCAUUGCCUUGCAAUUUAUAGCUGCUAGAUACGGGUUGUGAUUUGUAAAUUUAGAGCUGUAAGUUCGGAAAUGUUUUCUCGCCAAUUGUCUUAGCUUGUAGGAUAGUAAAUUGUUCUCAAUGGCAUUAAUUAUAUCUAAUGUAAAAAAAAUUGAAGGAGUUGAAUUGAAUUUGAUCUCCUGUAUCGUUAGUUUAACAUAAGCAAAUCUUACCGAGUGACGUUAUGAGUAACUAAAGGAACUACGAAAAAAUGAUAGUAAUGUGAUAUUUCUGUC